GGCGGGCGGGCCGGCCGGGGCGGGGCGGGAUCUCCGCUCCCGCCGUGAGCACCCGGGGAGCCGGCCGCCUCGCGUCCGGGCCCUUCUCGUGGGGGAUCUGGGCCCGUGGGGCGGGACCUCAUGGAAGCAGUUGGCCCGGGGACCUGCGAUGGAGGGGAUGCGGCACUGGGCGCGGAGGGGCGGCCAGCACCCGAGGCGAGGGUGCACUUCCGAGUGACGAGGUUCAUCAUGGAGGCAGGAAGUUUUGCAAAGUGUAUAAGGAAGGAUGGCAGUGCCUCCUCAUAUACCCCCUACAUCUGCUUGGAGGAUCCGUGUGAACCAGGUGUCAAGCUAGGGAUGCGGUCCAUCCCCAUCGCCACCGCCUGUGCCAUAUACCAUAAGUUCUUCUGCGAGAUCGACCUGGACGCCUAUGACCCCUACUUGGUGGCCAUGUCUUCCCUUUACUUGGCCGGCAAAGUGGAGGAACAGCGCCUGCGCACUCGUGACAUCAUCAACGUUUCCAACAGGUACUUCCACCCGGACAGCGAGCCCUUGGAACUGGACUCGCGCUUUUGGGAGCUCCGGGACAGCAUCGUGCAGUGCGAGCUGCUCGUACUGCGGGUUCUGCGUUUCCAGGUCUCCUUCCAGCACCCUCACAAGUACCUGCUCCACUACCUGUUGUCCGUCAAGAACUGGCUGAACCGUUACAGCUGGCAGCGGAGCCCCGUCUCCAUCACCGCCUGGGCCCUGCUGCGCGACAGCUACCACGGGGGGCUGUGCCUCCGGUUCCAGGCUCAGCACAUAGCCGUGGCGGUGCUCCACCUGGCCCUGCAGGCCUAUGGGGUCGAGGUGCCUGCUGAGGCCGAGGCCGAGAAGCCAUGGUGGCAGGUGUUUAGUGAAGACCUUACCAAGCCAAUCAUUGAUAACAUUGUGUCUGAUCUCAUUCAGAUUUAUACCAUGGACACAGAGAUCCCCUAAGGCCCUGGUCCAGGCCUGCCCAAAGAGAAGUCCGUGACGCUCGGCAGCCUGGGGAUGGUACCGCCACAGGGCCGUGAACGCCAGCCCCCAGAGGACCCGCUGGAAGGGCUGGUGAAGGCGAUGACUGUCCCCGGCAGCCGUGGUCUGGACAGUGACAGGAGCCACGCCUUCAGCGGGCGGGCUUGAAGUUCACCGCGAGGGGCUGCCGAGGCCAGGCGCCGCGUCUGCUUUUGUCCUUUGAGAGGACCUGACUGCCGUGGAGGGUGACGUCAUCGGAAGGAAAAUCAGAGAAAGGAUGGGACUGAGCCCCUGGGGAUUUUUUAAAAGCCUGAUUUAUAGAAUGAAUGAAUGUGCAACAUAGAUGGAACUUUAUUUUGUGUAAUAAAAGAUACAAAUGAACUGGGA